AUGGGAAAUAUCAUCAAAUUUGAUUAUAAAAAGAUAAUAACAGCAGCUGAAGGACCUUAUUUAAAGAAAUACAAGGGAUGGGGUAAUAUUAAUAAAGUAUAUACUUAGCCUACUUAAGUAAUAGGGAAUAUUAAUUUGAAAUUUAUUAAAUGGUAGAAUUAAAUAAUAAUGAUAGAUUUGAUAAAUGA